AUGGCUACAAAUAUCCAGAGGCUGGUUCAGCACAGAGUGGGGUCCCAACAGGUGGCUGAGGUACCACUUACACAGACUUCUCGGCCGGCAUCUCCAGGGAUGACCAGCCCCUCCCCGAGUAUCCAGAUAAUCUCCACUGACUCUGCGGUAGCCUUACUUCAGCACAUUCAGAUUGUGACAGACCAGCAGACAGGACAGAUGAUCCUGACCACAGUGGACGCCUCUGGGUCCCCCAAACAGCAGUUCAUCCUGACCAGCCCAGAUGGAGCUGAAACUGGGAAGGUGAUCCUGGCUUCCCCAGAGACAUCCAGUGCGAAGCAACUUGUAUUUACCACCUCGGACAACCUUGUUCCUGUCAGGAUCCAGAUAGUCACGGACUCUGCUUCUGUGGAGUGUUUGCUGGGGAAGGCUGAUGUCCAGCGGCCCCAAGUGGUAGAGUACUGUGUGGUGUGUGGUGACAAAGCCUCUGGCCGUCACUAUGGGGCUGUCGGUUGUGAAAGUUGCAAAGGGUCCUUCCAAAGAAAUGUAAAGAAGUAUCUGACAUACAGCUGCCGGAGCGACCAGGACUGCGUCAUCAACGAACACCACCGUAACUGCUGCCAGUUCUGCCAGCUGAAGAAGUGCUUGGAGACGGGCACGAACAUGGAAUCUGUGCAGAGUGAAUGGAAGGUUUUUGAUGUGCAACGGGAGAAAUCAUGCAAUUGUGCUGCUUGCACUGAGAAAAUCUAUAUCCGAAAGGACCUGAGAAGUCCUCUGAUAGCCACUCCCACGUUUGUGGCAGAUAAAGAUGGAGCAAGACAAACAGGUCUUCUUGUUCCAGGGAUGCUUGUGAACACCCAGCAGCCUUUGAUAAAUGAGGAUGACACAGUUCUCCUGACCACGGACUCCAAGGCUGAAACAAGCCAGGGAGCUCUGGGCACACUGGCAAAUGUAGUGACCUCCCUUGCCAAUCUGACUGAAUCCCUCAACAAUGGUGAUGCUUCGGAAAUGCAGCCAGAGGACCAGUAUGCAAGUGAGAUUACUCAGGCAUCAGAUUCCUUAGCUAAAGUAAUUAAUACCACAGACAGCUCCUAGCCCCCCAACCUGGCAGAUGCGAUAGAUGCCAGUGGAGGAGGGGGCAUCCAUGUCAUCAGCAGAGACCAGGCCACACCCAUCAUUAAGGUCAAAGGCCUCCUUUCAGACACUCACGUCACAUUUAAGCUCACAAUGCCCAACCCAAUGCCGGAGUACCUCAAAGUGCACUACAUCUUCGAGUCUGCAUCCUGCCUGCUUUUCCUCGCCAUGCCCUGGGCCAGGGCAAUCCCCUCCUUUCAGGCUCUGGGACAAGACUGCAACACCAGCCCGGUGCAGGCAUGCUGGAACGAACUCUUCAGUCUCUCCAUCAUGCUGGCAGCCAUUGUCAACCACCUGCAGCACAGCAUCCAAGAAUAUAAGCUUUCCAGCAACCAGAUAAAGCAAGUGAUGGAGCACAUCUGGAAGCUGCAGUUCUGCAACAGCAUGGCAAAGCUGGACAUCGAAGGCUAUGAGUAUGCCUACCUGAAGGCCAUUGUGCUCUUUAGUUCCAGUCAUCCAGGUUUGACCAGCACAAACCAGAUUAAGAAAAUCUAUGUUCAGAAAACCUACUCAGAAGAUACCUACUGAUUAGCCCUAAUUCUCGUCCGCCUGCCAGCACUCAGGCUGAUGAGCUCUAAUAUCACAGAAUUUUUUGCUGGUCUCAUUGGCAUUGUUUCAAUAGACAGCAUAAUCCCCUACAUCCUCAAGAUGGAGACUGCAGAGUAUAAUGGCCAGAUCUCCAGGGCCAGUCUAUAG